ACUUCCUUACAGAUACCGGUUCCAGUGAUCUGUAUAUUUAUGAUUUUACAGACCAUCAGCCUAAAAGCAAAGCAGCGGUUCUCUUUAAUAGUUCUUAGUUUGUCUCUGCAGAUCUUUGUCAUCCUAAGAAACAGCAGUUUGCUUAGCAAACCAACAUUUCACAGCUCGAGCACAUCACAACUUCCUGUGUGGUGUGCAACUUGUCAAACUAAUCAAACUGAGUGCACACUGAGAGACUCCUCUGGAAGCUAUAUUGGAAACAGCAAGCAGACCCAGUAAUCCAACAUGUCAAACCCAGUGGUCACCCACCAACCAGCUGCAGGCAGCUACGGGACAAACGUCCAAACAGGGGAGUGGAGCACCGGCCUGUGCUCCUGCUUCAGUGACUUGUUAGUCUGUGCUGUUGGUUGCUUCUGUCCACUUGCAUUGAGCUGCUACACAGCUCAUAAGUAUGGAGAAAACUGCUGCUUGGGUUGUCUGCCAGGAGGCUCAACAGCCAUGAGGACUCACAUGAGACUGACUUAUGGCAUACAGGGAACAAUAAUCAACGACGCCUUGAUGACCUUCUGCUGCGGAACCUGUGAGGUGUGCAGGAUGGCGCGUGAAAUCCGCAUCAGGAAUGGAGAAAUGUGAUCUCGACGAGACAUGAAAACGAUUGUGGUCCACUAAACAGUAUUUUCUGCUGAUUAAUGCUGUUCAGCUUUUGUGAAAGUAGCUGUAGCAAGCCCGGCUUUUUCAUUCAGACAACAAAGAUUGAGCUAUUGAAUUAUGCAAAUCUAUGUAUUAAAUGUCAUUAUUUUAGCAUUAUGUGCCUGUCUAACUGUGUAACAAAGUGCUUACUGACCUUCAUUACUGUAAAUAAAGUUAAUCGUUCAAUAACUCACAA